UUUUUUUUUUUUUGCGUCAGACAGUAAAUUAUUAAUUAUUUUUUUUAAACAAAAUCGAAGUGAAAAAUAAGAACCGUUUCAACCUUUUCUUCUUCUACUUUCAUCUCAGAAGGUCAACAAGAAAACCCAAAUCCAAACUCCACCGCUAAUUCAAUUAACAAAAAAAAAAAUGGCGAAGCUAACGAAUUGAAAGAUCUCCUUCCCUACUUCCCACCCCUUCCUCGUCGUAUGCUGUUUUCUCAAUCGCUUUUCCUCUCCGGUGACCUGGAAUCUCUUCUAAAACAAGUUGACCUAUUACUACUAUGAAGAGCACCACCACCAAGGCCAAUAUCAUCAUCAACAACAACGGAGUUAAUCACCAGACGACCAAUCGCUUUUUACCUAAUUCGCUAAAAUUCAUCUCUUCCUGCAUCAAAACCGCCUCCUCCGGCGUACGCUCAGCUAGCGCUUCCGUCGCCGCUUCUCUCUCCCCCGAUUCGCAGGAGCCUAAGGAUCAGGUGUUGUGGUCAUCCUUUGAUAGAUUACACACGAGUGAAUCUUGUUUCAAGAACAUUCUUCUACUCGGUUACGCCAACGGGUUCCAAGUCGUUGAUAUCGAUGAUGCAAGCAAUGUCAGUGAGCUUGUGUCGAGGCGGGAUGACCCCGUUACGUUUCUUCAGAUGCAGCCUUUGCCUGAUAGGUGUGAAGGAGUCGAAGGGUUUAGAUCAUCGCAUCCAAUUCUUUUAGCAGUUGCUGAUGAAUCCAAUGGUUCAGUUAGAAAUGGUUUUGAUGAUCCUAUUGCACUCUCUCCCACGGUUGUGCGGUUCUAUUCGCUUAGAUCUCACAACUACGUUCAUGUUUUGAGAUUCCGGUCUACUGUUUAUAUGGUUCGAUGCAGUCCCAGGAUUGUAGCUGUUGGCCUUGGUUCACAGAUUUACUGUUUUGAUGCGCUUACACUUGAAAACAAAUUCAGCGUGCUCUCGUAUCCGGUUCCUCAGCUUGGAAACCAAGGGAUAUCUGAGGUCAAUAUCGGAUACGGUCCGAUGUCGGUGGGACCGAGAUGGUUAGCUUAUGCUUCCAACAGUCCUUUUUCAUCUAGUAUAGGUCGACUGAGCCCUCAGAAUGUUACACCUGGCGUCAGUCCAUCUACGUCUCCAAGUGGUGGUAAUUUAGUUGCGAGGUACGCCGUGGAAUCUAGUAAGCAUCUGGCUGCGGGUUUACUCAGUUUGGGUGAUAAGGGUUACAAGACUAUAUCUAAAUACUGUCAAGAUCUCAAGCAUGACGGUCCUGGUUCUUCUCUUUCGUCCAGUCCUGGCUGGAAAGUUGGUCGGGCUGCAUCUUCAGCUGAGUCAGAUGUUGCUGGAACGGUUAUUGUCAAGGAUUUUGAAUCUCGAGCCACUAUAGCACACUUCAGGGCUCACACUAGUCCAAUAUCGGCGCUUUGUUUCGACCCUAGUGGCACUCUAUUAGUAACAGCCUCAAUUCACGGUAACAAUAUUAACGUUUUCCGGAUUAUGCCUUCAAAGAAUGGUCAAAGCUAUGAUUGGAGCUCCGCACAUGUGCCUCUUUACAAACUACAUCGUGGCAUGACAUCAGCUGUAAUACAAGAUAUUUGCUUUAGCAGCUACAGUCAAUGGAUUGCUAUUGUUUCAUCUAAAGGAACUUGUCAUAUUUAUGUUUUAUCCCCUUUCGGUGGAGAAAAUGUUCUUGAGAUACGGAACUCUCAUGUCGAUGGACCAACUCUUGCUCCAACGUUGUCCUUACCAUGGUGGUCGAGUCCAUCGUUUAUGAACACCCAGUUUUUGUCUCCACCUCCAGCAUCGGUAACUCUUUCUGUUGUUACCCGAAUCAAAUGCAACAAUUUCUUCCUUGCUGCAAGUUCAGCUAUAGGAAAACAAACGUCCUUCCCUUCUGGCUGUCUCGCUGCUGUUUUCCAUCGAUCCGUGCAGUCGUCAGCUCAUGCCUUGGACUAUCUACUGGUUUACACUCCGUCCGGUCAUGUAGUUCAGUACAAACUUGUUCCAUCUCUUGGAGGAGACCAGGCUGAGAGCAAUUCUCGAAUUGGAGGAGCAGCUGAAGAGGAACUGAGAGUGAAAGUCGAACCUCUUCAGUGUUGGGAUGUCUGCCGGAAAACAAAUUGGCCUGAGAGAGAGGAGAACAUAUGUGGACUUACUUUUGAUGGACGGAAAAUUAGUGAAGAUGUAGCGAGGCCUCUUGAGAAACACCAUGUUUAUCUUGCUAAUGCAGAGGUGAUGAUAAACUCCGGAAGAAAACCAAUCUGGCAAAACUCAGAGAUAUCUUUCUAUCCGUUGUUAAAUGAUGGAAAGAAGAUGAAUUUGCAUCAUCAUCAUGGAGGCGGGGAGAUCGAAAUCGAGAAAGUAUCUGCAAAUGAGGUUGAUAUCAGAAGGAAGGAUCUGCUCCCGGUGUUUGAUAAUUUUCAGAGUGUUUAUUCCAGUAUGCGCAGAGGAUUUUCUGUGGAAAGAGAUUCAGAUUCUUCUUCUUCUUCUGAUCCUGGACAAGUUAAAGAUAUGGCUUACACCGAGAGUGAGGAAAGAAGUGGAAGUAUAACAUUCAAACAACCCGUGGUUUCGAUUUCUUCUUCUGCUGUGAAAGACAGCGACUAUACUAUAGACGAUGCUCAUAUGUUGCUAAAGAACACCUCCCUGCCCGCUGAAACAACUAUUGAAAACAGCAGCGGGACAAGUGGAGCUUCAAAUUUAAGUUCUAACCGUUCUAAUCUGAGCAUGAAUGCAGGAGAGGAAAGUGAGGAGGGAGCCAUUGAUGGCUCCCCAGAUUUUCAGCAGUUUUUCAAGGAAACUGCUAAAGAAGCAGAGGACAAGGAUGAUCCAUCUGAUCAAAGAAAACUAGAUGAUGAUGGUGACGACGAUGACGACAUGCUUGGUGGUGUUUUCGCUUUCUCUGAAGAAGGUUGAGCUUGGUUUAUGUUAUGGCCAAGCUCCAGUGGAGAAGUCACUUACUAAAUCCCGUUUGCUGCAAACUUACUCACUGAUGAAUCUUAAUUCCCUGGAAAAACAUUCAAAAUCAAUUCACAUUUUAUCAUCUGUUUCUGUAAAUGCUUGUAAAUAGAUUAUUCGCAAUCAACAGUCUUUCUAUUUGCAUGGACUGCUUUUCUUGGUUUCUUUUGUAAUUUUCUUCACGUGUAACUCUAUUCAUUCAUCGAGAAAAAAAAGAAGGGAAAAAUAGAAUAAAGAUUUAUUUCGUUUGGGUUUUA